AUGGUCUUAGCAUCCAAAGAAGUCGUCACCGUGUCUUUGUUGUGCUGUGUAUGGUACGUAGUAAGCUCCGGUAGCAAUGUAGUUGGCAAGACGCUUUUAAACCAAUUCCCAUAUCCAAUGACUGUGACCAUGGUGCAGCUCCUGUCCAUAGCUGUUUAUUCGGGUCCGUUUUUCAACUUAUGGGGCGUGAGACGAUUCGUUGACAUGAGUUGGCCCUAUUAUUUUAAGCUUAUAGUGCCACUUGCUCUUGGGAAGUUUGUUGGAUCGGUUUUUACGCAUGUCAGUCUAUGGAAGGUACCAGUUUCCUAUACACACACAAUAAAAGCUACCAUGCCACUGUUUAGUGUUAUAUUGUCAAGAAUAAUACUAGGAGAAAAACAAUGUUUAAAAGUAUAUUUGUCCUUAGUACCCAUAAUUGCUGGAGUUGCCAUUGCAUCUUUCACAGAGAUAUCUUUUGAUGUAAUAGGGUUGAUGAGUGCUUUGGCAGCUACAUUGCAACACACAUUGCAAAAUAUAUUUUCUAAAAAAGUACUUCAUGACACCGGUAUUCACCAUUUACGCCUGUUACAUAUACUAGGUCGUCUAGCCUUAAUGAUGUUCCUACCCGUGUGCUUAUUUUGA